AUGAAACAAUCAACCUUGUCUUUUGGCAAACCAGAUGGUAGUUCUUCAGCUGCUUAAUCAAAAAAUAAACCACCAGCCUAGUAAAAGCUUAGCUUUGGGGUUGGAGGCCAGUUAGGAAUAAAGAAAAUUGGAGAUAAAAACGCUGAAGCCCCUAUUGAUUCUAAAUUGAAGGUAUUAAAUGAGGCAUCAGCCAAAUCAGAGAUUCAAACUGAUGCAUCAGUUAAAAGUAGCACACCUUCUAAGUCUGGAGUAAGACUUACCAAGAGAACAAUUGAAGAGGUCGAAGAGUCACAGAUUGUAGAAAAGGUAGAAGUGCAUUCAACUACAAAGAAGAUCAGAAAUAAUGACGGGGAAGCUACUGAUUUCGUGAAAGAGGAAAAAUUAAUGGUAAAAUCUGCUCAGAAAUCAGCAAGCGCAUCCAAGCAAACCAAAAAAGAUGAUGAAGAAAUGAAAGAAGUUGAGUAGAAUUUCCCACCAAAAGAUCUGUCAAAGCUUAAACCCCCAAGCUCAGCAAAAUAUGAUCCAAUAUAAGAUGCUCCAUUCCACAAGGGCUAGCUUGUACCUUUCGGUUUUAUCGCAAGAGGUCUUUCAGAAAUCGAACUUUGUAGAGGUAAAAAUAGCAAGGAUGCCAUCAAGGAAAUUGUAGCAAAUAUUUUCAGAAGUACAAUACUAUUAAAUCCAAGAGAGCUACCAGAUCUGUUCUAUUUCUUCUGUGUUAAACUAGGUCCAGAUUACGAUUCACCAGAGACUGGUAUUGGUAUAGAACUUCUAUCAAAUGCUGUUGCAAAAGCAUGUGGAAAAUCUCUGAAGCAAAUCAGAGAGCAGUUUAAGUAAGAAGGAGACUAUGGUAUUGUUGUAGAGAAAAGUAAAGGUGUCUAAAAAUCACUUGGAACAUUCUUCAAGAAAUCAUAGGAAACACCAAAGGAUUUAACAUUCAAAAGAGUAUUUGAGGCAUUCAAUAAAAUUGCUAGAUAGUCAGGAAAUAAUUCUCAAAAUGAGAAGGAAUCUAUUAUACUUAAACUACUUUAAGAUGCAACUAAUGAAGAGGCAAAGUAUAUUGUCAGGUGGCUGCAGAAAAACUUAAAGACUGGAGCAGCUGAGAAAACAUAUAUUUUAGCUUUAGCAAGAGCAAUCGCUUAUACUCCACCCAACCACAAAGGUAAAAUUCUGAAUUCAAAAUUGACUCUCGGCGAUUAAUUAUUCGCUGAAAAAUGUGAGAAAAUCGAAUUAGCUAUAUGUGAAGCUAUUUGCGAAUUCCCUAAUUAUGGGCUAAUAAUUGAGACACUUCUUGAGCAUGGAGAUGAUCUUCCAAAGCUGAAAGAUAGAUGCCAUAUUACUGUAGGCAUACCAGUGAAGCCUAUGCUGGCUAAACCAACUAAAGGUGUUAGAGAGGUCUUAGAUAGAUUCGAACAAGUUAAAUUCACUUGUGAAUACAAGUAUGACGGUUUCAGAGGAUAGAUCCACUUCAACAGAAAUAACCCAUAACAAAUGGUAAAAAUAUACUCUAGAAAUUUAGAAGAUAUGACUGGCUAAUACCCUGAUGUGGUAGAGUUCGUUGAAAAAUCAGCAAGUCAAGAUGUCGAGACAUAUAUAUUAGACAGUGAACUGGUUGCCUUUGAUCACGUUAACAAUAGAAUAUUACCAUUCUAAACACUUACAUAAAGAAGCAGAAAGAAUGUGACAGAGGAGGAUCUGAAGACAAAAAUUUGCAUCUGUGCUUUUGAUCUUCUCUAUCUUAAUGGGGAAUCUCUCUUGAAAGAACCAUUCAUAAAAAGAAGAGAAAUUCUUCAUAAAAAUCUUCAUGAGGUUCAAAACAGUUUCGUAUUCGCUAAAUAUAAGGAUGCUGAGGCAUUAGAAGCCAUUUAGGAAUUCCUAGGUGAUUCUAUUAAAGAUUCUUGCGAAGGAUUAAUGAUCAAGACUCUCGAGACAAAUGCUACUUAUGAACCAUCGAAGAGAUCUCUGAAUUGGCUGAAACUUAAAAAAGAUUAUAUUGAUUCUGGUUUAGGUGAUAGUUUGGAUUUAGUUGUUGUAGGAGCAGACUUUGGUAAAGGAAAAAGAACAGGUAUGUAUGGCUCUUUUCUUCUUGCUUGCUAUGAUGAAAACCUUGAGGUUCUUUAAACUGUGACUAAGAUGGCCACUGGGUUAUCAGAUGAGAUGCUCGCAAAGAUCUACUCCUAAUUAAAAGAUCUUGAAAUAGACAAGCCACCUUCUAACUUGAAAUUCAAGGAAAAGAAUAUUGAUGUUUGGCUUGUGCCCAAAUACGUGUGGGAGAUCAAGUGCGCAGAUCUAUCUAUGAGUCCUAUUUAUUGUGCCUCAAUUGGCUCAGUAGAAAAGAAUAAAGGAAUAGCUUUGAGAUUCCCUAGAUUUAUAAGAGAAAGAGACGAUAAAUCUGUAGAAGAUGCUACUUCAAGUGAAUAAAUCCUAGAAUAUUAUAAGAGCCAACCCUCUUUGCUAAAGAAUGAUGGAGAAGAUGAUGACUUUGAUUUUUGA